AGAAUAUUAAGUUUGCCGUUGGAAUGAUCGUGAGGCAUACACGGGACGAUUAUUCCUCUAUCAAUAAGCAUGACGGUGUGAUCAUUGGAUGGCAUUCAAUGCCCAAAUGCACUACAUCAUUCUCGCUGAAAAUAAUCAAAUAUGUUAUGUACCAGAAGAUCAACUAUCAAUAUGUCCAUCAAAAGAAAUUGAUAACAUAGAAAUUGGAAAAUAUUUUUCCUAUUUUGAAGGCAAUUUUUACGUACCAAAUGAAAAUUUAAAAGAACAUUAUCCAGAAGAUAUCGCUGCAUUAACUGGAUUACUUAUCAAACAAUAGUUUUUAUUACCUUAAAAUGUACAAUAUAGUUCUUUCAAUAAUAUUUCUCAAUUUAGCUUUUAUUGUAAACGACAUAUGUAUAAAUAUUCUUACGAUCUUAUUUACAUUUCUGUGAAACGGUGUUAUUCUGCUUAUUGCUGUGAAAAAUAAAAAUGAUCUCUGCAACAACGAUUGCGUUUUCAGCAACGGCAAACAUA